AUGGCGCCUCGCGACUCGAGUCCACGCGCAAGCGACCACCGCCGCCCAUACUCAGACCGCCGCGAUCACAACCCAAGAGAUACACGCGACACCCGACCACCACGCCGCGACCGCAGCAACUCUCGCGAUCGCGCUCCCCACUCCUCCCGCGGCGGCCGAGGCGGCGCCAACACCUCCCACAGAACCUCGGAUCGCGACACCAGACCCACUCGCUCACGCUCACCGACCCGCUCUUCGAACAACACCUCUGCACGUCAACGAUCCCCUCCGCGCGCGCCUCGUGGUGCAAAUGCAGCCAACUCCCGUCAGCCACGCAAACCGAAUGUGAAGGCUGAAGAGCCUGCUGCUAUGGCGAUAGAUCCUGAUGAGGAUGAGGAGACUGCCAUGAAGAGGCUGAUGGGCUUUGUGGGCUUCAAGAGCACCAAGAAUACAAAAGUGCCUGGAAAUGACAAGCUUUAUGGCGUGAGGAAGGAUAAGAAGACAGAGUACAGACAGUACAUGAAUCGUGUUGGUGGAUUCAACAGGCCGCUUAGUCCUACGAGACUGUGA